AUGACAGUCAUCACUUAUUCAAGCCCUGCUGGAAGGUUUCGGAAAGAAAUCCAAGUUCUUGGACAUCCCUCUGCCCCGGGGAAUGUUGCAGAACCCCUGCCCGAGAUUGGAGAACCUCGGACCACGCUGGACCCCUCGGAGAACUCGAUUCCAGAAUCUUGUGGGGUCAAAGGCCAGCGAUGGAUUGAUCAGCGAGACGACGAGGGAGGAGCGGAGGGAGAGAAGGCUAAAAGGAAGAGACAAACAUGGGGCAGAGGAGUCAGCAGAGAGAGGAUGCAGAGAGGAAGGAGAGAGGAGCAGUGUAACUUAAGGAACAAAUGUAACAAGAAAGUUGUGGGAAAAUAUAUGGAAAGAAAGGACAAGAGCAAGACAUAUGUGUCUGGGUUUUCUGGGAUUCUGUCAGCUGCAGAAACAGAAGGUGAAAUCAAGCAAACGGAGAAAAGGAUGGGGAAGAGGAAGAUGUGGCCUGUUUCUUCUUGGCCAUUUCACUUGAAAAACAUCACUGAAAGAGGGAAAGCCAUGAUGAGAACGAUGCGGUGGAAUAAAAUCCUUCUCCGGUUUAUUCUCCUCGUCUUCACCCUGUGUCCAAAACCUGCUUCAUCACAGGGUCAUUUCCCCCAUAUGGAGAACAUCGCUGCCUUCAAACCCGUGUCCACCUCUCCGGCUCGCUCCACCUGUGGGUAUCCAGAGCGGAGCAGCUACUGUCAGUCGCCGUCGACCCAGACUGAGCUGAUGACAUGUUAUCAGGCCUUCUGUGUCCAGGAGUGUCCCUAUACAUCCUCCACACCUCCCUAUGCCCCACUGCUUCUGCCUGCACACAGGGGUACCUGUGUAACUGACAGCAAUGACACUCGCCCUGGGACUGAGACAGAGGCUGGAACCACUACCACUUCAGAGGCGGUUUCUGGUGGAUCCAGUAGUGUGCUGUUUCAGCCAGUCCACGAUGGAUGUCUGGUCUCUCCCCCCUCACAGAAACAAGGAGCGUUGGGUUCCCUCACCCUGGCAUUGUGGAUAAAACCAAGCUCUCCUGGAGAGAUGAUGCUGCUGGAGAAGAGCUCAGGGGAGCGGUUGGUUUUUUCUGUGACGGUGUCCGAGCAGGCUGUCAUCCUGCGGUAUGGCCAGUCCAGCAGUCGGACUCCUCUGACCGUCAGCUUCAGAACAGAGGGGAGGCUUACACUGGGGAAGUGGACACACCUUGUUUUGCAGGUCCAUGACAGACGUGUGAGUCUAUUCCUGGAUGGGCUUGAGGAGGAUGGGACACCAUUUGACAUACAACCUCUGACCGCCAGACUCUCUGACAUCAGCGAGGACGGUGCCAUGUGGGUGGGACUCAGCUCCAAUGGGUCUAAUCAGUUCAUUGGGUGGAUGCAGGACUUUAGAUUUUAUCCUGCCACUCUGACCAACAGGGAAAUAGUGGAGGUGUACUCGGGUGUCCUGCCCGAGCUCCACGCCCAGUCAGAGUGUCGCUGUCCUCCCAGUCACCCCAGAGUGCACCCUUUAGUUGAGAGAUACUGCAUUCCCAACGGUGUUGAGGACACCACCAAUGACAGAGUCUUAAGACUCAACCUUAAUGCCCAUCCACUCAGUUAUAUCAAUGAUCAGGACAUGGGCACCACAUGGCUUUCUAAGAUCAUGACUGCACAGGAACUGGAUGAAGGAGUCACUCUUACCGUGGAUUUGGUGAAUGGACAAUACCAGGUGUUCUACGUUAUAGUACAGUUUGGCGGACUCUUACCUGAGUCAGUUCUGAUCCAAAGACGGAGGCUUGACCUCACAGAAGUUGAGAGUGGCAGCGCCACAGAACAGCCCUGGUUAGACUGGCAAUAUAUGGCCAGAAACUGCAGUGUGUUUGAAAUGCAGAACAACGGGGCUUUACUGAGACCAGACUCAGUCAACUGUCUGCAGCUGCACAGCGAUGAUCCCUUCUCAGGAGGUAACAUCAUAUUCAGCCUGCUGACCCCGGAGCCAAACCUGAGGCCGGGGUACAAUGACUUCUACAACAGUCCUGCCCUGCAGAAGAUGGUACAUGCCACCCAGGUCAGGAUGUACCUGCGUGGACAAUCCCACAGCAGAGCAGCCAGGGUGAACCAGCGACACAGAUACUAUGCCAUCAAUGAGAUCACCAUCAGUGGCAGAUGUGAGUGUCACGGCCAUGCAGACCACUGUGAUACCAGUGUGACGCCCUACCGCUGUCUGUGUCUGCCUGAGAGCCACACGGAGGGAAACACUUGCCAGCGGUGUGCGUCCCUCUACAAUGACAAGCCCUUCAGGUCAGGUGACCAGCUCCAGCCUAUGAACUGCCGGCUCUGUCAGUGUCACGGCCACGCCCUCUCCUGUCGUUACGAUGUCGGAGGCGAUGACCAGCCAGAUGAGCACUAUCGAGGAGGAGGAGGCGUCUGUGACAACUGCAUGCACAACACCACGGGUAGAAACUGCGAGCUGUGUGGAAGUGGGUUUUUCAGGCUGGAAGAAUCUGAUACCACUUCAGUUGAUUUGUGUCAACCUUGCAACUGUAACACAGCUGGAACAGACGACAGCAGCGUGGAGUGUGCCCAGGUUGGAGGUCAGUGUCAAUGUAAGGUUGCAGUGACAGGUCGUCGGUGUGCGGACUGUUUGCCUGGUUGGUAUGGUCUAAAAGCCUCCAAUCCAAAUGGCUGCACCCGCUGUAACUGCAGUGACACUGGCAUCAUCAGCAACUCAACAGAAGGGGUUCCCAGUUGCAACCAAGACACGGGACUGUGUCAGUGUAAACUCCAUGUCACAGGUCUUUCUUGUGACCGCUGUGAGUUUGGUUAUUGGAACCUGUCCCACCCCGACGGGUGCGUCCCAUGUGACUGUGACCCCCUGGGUUCCCUCAGCCCGUUCUGUGAGCCUGAGGGGGGACGGUGUGAGUGUAAGCCCGGGGUGGGGGGGCAGCGCUGUGACUCUUGUGGCAGGGGUUCUUAUGGUUUAAGACUGGGGGGAUCAUGUGCCCCCUGCAACUGCUCACAAGAAGGGACAGCACCUGGGACUGACUGUGAUCCUCACACAGGACAGUGUGUGUGUAAGGAACAUGUGGAAGGCCGACGCUGUGACUCUUGUCGUCAUGGUUACCACACCCUGGAGCAGCGAAACUCCCUGGGCUGUCUGCCGUGUGCGUGUGACAGCCAUGGCACUGUGCCAGAGGGUGUGUGUGAUAUGUGGACGGGACAAUGCCCAUGCCGAGAGGGGGUCGAGGGAGCACGGUGUACCAAUUGUGCCCACAACUACUACAACAGGACUUUACACCUCCAGAAAGGCUUGUCCCAGGGCUGUGCACCGUGUAUCUGUGACCUCAGAGGGACAGUGACGGGGUCAGUGUGUGACAGCAGCACAGGGCAGUGUGUUUGUCUCCCUACACGCUAUGCAAAGAACUGCAGUAUCUGCCGACCUGGCUUCUACCUUUCUGCAGAACAGAGUAUGUGUGCGGAGUGUGACUGCCAUCCUAUGGGAGCAUCGCAGCGUGGUUGUGAGAGCCAGACCGGACAGUGUGUGUGUGUCCAUCCCUCAGUGGGAGGGCGGCGCUGUGACCAGUGUCGUGAGAUGUUCUUUGGAUUCAACCCUGGCCUGGGCAGAUGCCAGCUUUGUGCAUGUGACCCGGUGGGCAGUGUCAACGGUUCAUGUCAUCCAGACUCUGGGACUUGUGUUUGUAAGCUGCUGGUAACUGGAGACAAGUGUGAUAUAUGUGUACCUGGAGCGAGUCACUUCGACCCUGAGAGCCACUUUGGCUGCAGUAAAGCACCCUUCCAGCAACCUGCACCGGCAGGUUUUGCUGUCAGUUAUUCUUCCAUUCGUCUCUCUUGGCGUCCACCUGACUCCCCAAACUCAAACAGACUCAACUACACACUCAUAAGGGAUGGACAGUCAGUGCAUAGCAUCCACAGUCACUAUCCUUUCAGCCCUGAAUCAUUUGAAGACACUGGUUUGUUUCCGUUCACCAACUACUCAUUCUGGCUGAUAACCGCUAAUGUGGCCGGUGCAACAACAAGUGCAUCAGCAUCAUACCAAACCUUAGGAGCACCGCCAGAAGCUGAACAGCUCCAUUUAAACCUUGUGGGACGACCCGGUCCAGCCACCGCUAGCUUUAACUGGAGCACACCACGAAAUGACACAGGCCCAGUGGAAAGGUUUGUGUUAUCCUCUACUGAAUUUAGUGGAGCUAGGCCUGUCAUCCACUACACAGGCUUAUCUACAGAGGCUGUGGCAAGUGGUCUAAAGCCCUUCACCCAAUACACUGCCACACUGGAGGCGUGCUCUUCUGGGGGGUGCACUUCUACCCCACCACUGUCUCUUCUGACAGCCUCUGCCCCCCCACAAAACCAACCCCCACCCAGAGUGACCGCUACAGGACCUCAUACACUGCAUGCUUCCUGGGAGCCCCCCAGUCAACCAAAUGGUGUCAUCACAAGGUUUGAGCUCUUUCUUCGUGGACCAAUAGAAUCCCAGAACCUUUCACGUCCUGCUGUUGAGAAGAGCGUGUUCUUAAGCGCUGGUUGGUUGGAUCCAAGUGUUUCCCCUGAAGCACAGCGAACCAAUAGGAGCACAGUCCCGCCCCCUGAGAGUAGUACCACUGUAGGAAGUCUGCAGGCCUUUUCCACCUAUCAGAUCAGAGUCAUGAGCAUCAAUAUGGCGGGAAGUGUCACAUCAGGGUGGACCACAGCACGCACCAUGGAGGGAGUCCCAGAGUUGAUGGCUCCUCCAGAAGUGUCUGCACUGUCGUCCACCAGUCUCAAAAUUGUGUGGAGCUCAGCUGAGGGUCAAGGGGUCAUCGCCAGAGGACAGGUCACUGAAUAUCGGGUCAACUUGCUCACUGAGCAGACCAACAAUCCCUAUGCUCCUCCAGUUAUUAGUCAGGUCUUACAUAGCGUGGGACCGUCGUCACAGCCUGUUUAUUUAGUGAACGGACUGAAGCCUUACCAUGUGUACAACUUCACUGUUACACUCUGCACAAAGACAGGUUGCAUUUCCAGUCUGCCAAGCACAGGACGGACCCGACCGGCAGCUCCAACAGGACUGUCUCCACCCGAAUUACAUCUAGUAAAUGAAACCACCAUUCAGAUUGACUGGGAACCUCCAGCCCACCUCAAUGGACCACACCCACUGUAUCAGGUGGAGAGGACAGACGUCUCCCUCUCUGACCCACAUGGUCCUGUUGUCAGAGGAACCAGAUUCUCAGGAAACAGUUACUACCAGUUCCCCAGUGACACCCUUCCUGUCAACACUGACUUCACAGGUGUUGAGUUAAGUUUCAAGACUCGGUCUCCAGAUGGCCUGCUGCUCUGCGCCUUCUCUCCCGGAAAUCAGGAAGAGUUCCUGGCUAUUCAGCUCAGAAAUGGACACCCCUACUUUGUGUUUGAUCCCCAGGGCUCUGCGGUGGCUGUGAGCAUACAGGGUGAUGGAGGACGCCGCUACAAUGAUGGACAAUGGCACAGCAUCAUAGCAACAAGGCGAGGGGCCGUGGGAACAAUCGUUGUAAACAAUCAAUACAGAGGAAGUGCGUCAGCUUCCAGCGGCAGCACCAUUAUUGGUGAGAACACAGGGAUGUUCAUCGGAGGGCUGCCUGAAGACUUUACUUUGUUAAGGGAGGAUUCAGGUGACGCUCGACUCGUGCGACAGGGUUUCUCUGGUUGCCUCAGAGACGUGAGUUUUAAGAUGACUGACAGGAAUGACUCGGAGGAAUGGAAAUCUCUGAACUGGGCAAACGCCACAAAGAAGGUGGCAGUGUAUGAAAGCUGGGAGGGAUGUCCUACUCAAACGGUGGAUGGAGCCCAUUUUCUGGGUCAUGGUUACUUGGAGAUGGGCAGAGAUGUAUUCAGUGGAGGACAAGACUUUGACAUUUCUAUGGAAUUCAGAACAGACCAGCUCAAUGCACUUUUGCUCUUUGCAUACAACUCACAAACAGAAGACUACAUGCUGGUGGAGCUGGAAGGCGGUCUCCUUUCCUUCAUUCUUGCCUCUGAAGGUCACGUGACUGAACUCAGCAUGUGGGUGGGGCUUAGCUACUGCGAUGGAGACUGGAAACAGCUCUUAUUGGCAAAACGUGGCUCGCUCAUUUCUGCUGCAGUCCAUGACUGGGCAGAGGAGACGAGGGGAGUGGGCAGAGCGUUGAGGCUGAGAGUUGAUUCCCCAUUAUAUUUAGGGGGCGUGCCCAUGGAGCUCGUACAUCCUGCUCUGGACAGCCGAAGUCACAAGCACGGCCUCGGAGGUUGCAUAAGGGGUCUUACCAUACGCAGUGAUGAAACAAACCCUCCUGUCAGUCAAAGUGUUAAUCUCUCUGUUGCCUUCAGCCGUUCUGUUAGAGUCUUCUUAGACGGCUGUCCUAAUAGUGAAAGCCGGUACAACUGCAGAGGAAACGAUUCAGUGUUGGUGUAUAGCGGGAUGAAGACACACACCACAGAUCAUAGCCUGCAGCCUUUCACUGAGUACUUGUACAGGAUUGUGGCCUUGGCUGCAGGAGGUUGGGCGGCAGGACCUUGGCAGAGAGGACGCAGCCGAAGCAACGUACCAAGGUCUGUCCCGCCUCCUGCCACAGUGCAGAGCUUGAAUGGCUUCAGUGCCCAGGUGAGCUGGGUGCCGCCCACCGGGGACAUCAGAGGGCUGAUUGACAGAUAUGAGUUGAAUGCCUACCGAAGAGAUCAGCCAGAAGUGCCACCUAUCAAAGCCAUUUACCUGGCUAAUGGAAAUUUCACAGGUUUGCUGCCGGGUCUCACUCCAUCCACUCGAUACAUUAUCACUGUAAGUGCCUGUAGUCCUGUUGGCUGCACUGAGAGUCUUCGUAAUGACAACGGUGAUGAUAAUGAUUUGAGAUCGAGCCUCAUAACCCCGGAGGAAGCUCCAGAUGCUGUUGCUCCUCCUGCUGCAGUCUCGUCCCCCUCAGCCUUCUUUAUUACCUGGGAACCUCCAGCGAGGCCCAAUGGAGGCAUUACAGAGUACCUCCUCUAUCACAACAGCCAAAUGGUCUACAGGGGAAAGGACCGACAACACAACAUCACUGGUCUUGGUGUGUAUUCAACCCAUGUCCUGGUACUGAGUGCAUGCACUUCAGUGGGCUGCACCAACAGUUCACAAGUUACUAUGCUGACCUCUCAGCUUCCUCCGGGGCCGCUACAUGCACCAACUCUUACCCUGCUUGACUCACGGACCAUUCUGGUGGAGUGGUCACGUCCCUCUCAGGUAAACGGCGCUUUGGAGUUCUAUUCCAUCUUCCUGUCACAUGACGGUGCAGUCCCUGUGCUCGCCUACAACAGCUCAGAACUUUUUGAAGACCACACACUCCGCGACCUAACGCCUGGAACAGCUUACACCAUCACACUCGCUGCGUGCACAGGAGGUGGAUGUACCUUAAGCCCUCCAAGCCAGGCUCAGACUGAGGAGAGCACCCCAGAGAACGUUCCUGCUCCGCUGGUCACACCUCUGUCCCCACAUGCCCUCAACAUCAGCUGGACCACUCCUGAUACCCCGAAUGGCAUUAUAACCAGUUAUGGUCUCUGGCUGGAUGGAUUGCUCAUUUUAAACUCCAGUUCCUCCCAGAGGUUCUUCGUGGUGGAGGGACUCUCUCCGUGGAGCCGACACGUUCUCAGGCUGCAGGCCUGUACAGCCCGGGGCUGUGGCAAGGGACCAAUGGUGGAGAUGCGUACAUUACAGAUGGCCCCAGAAGGCCCUAUGCUGCUGGAACUGACCAAUCAGAGCUCUCGAUCACUCAGAGCCCGCUGGACCGCCCCACCUAGGCCGAAUGGGAACCUCAGCUACACACUGUACUACAAAAGCAAAGAUGGCGAUGGUGUGUUGGAUGGAAGUACAGCGGCAGGCAGCUGGUUGUCUGUGACUGACCUACAGCCUUACACCAACUACAGCUUCUGGAUCAGAGGUUGUAACACACAGGGUUGUGUUGAGAGCCUGCCACUCAAUGUUACUACGCCCCCAGCAGCCCCAGAUGGGUUGUCACCUCCGAAGUUGGCCCAUGCAACUAGUGCCAGUCUGAAUGUAUCCUGGUCUGCCCCGGCCCACUCCAACGCACCGGGCCCACUCUGUUACAGUCUGCAAAUGAGGACAUCCCCUCAGAGGCCUGUGAUAAGGCUUAUGGAAAACGCAACAGACACCUUUUCCUACCAUGUAGAGGGCCUGACACCGUACACCCAGUACGUGUUUAGAGUGGUGGUCUCGCACACACACGGGCAGACAGUCGGCCCCUGGGCAACCCUGCGUACCGCAGAGGACAGUCCAGGACCAGUGGACACUCCAGCUGUAUCCGGGCUCCAUCCUCGAAGUGUAACAAUAACCUGGGUUCCUCCGUCCCAACCAAAUGGCAUUAUCACCAAUUAUAGCCUCUAUCUUUGCCCCAGCUCCAGCUCUUCUUUAGAUUUCAAACCCAGCUCAGUCUCUUGCACCAGCACGACCCUCAACUCCAGCAAAGGUCGUAACCCGACCCUAUUGCCCAGCACUGAGGGAGCACAUCUCGACUCAGGUCAUGAUCAUAGACCAACAUCUAAUCUUACCACCCCAGACUCAAGCCAUAUCUCCAUGUCCACUGUCAACACAGGCAUGAACGACAGCUCAAGCACAAUCCAAGACACUAGACCCAACCUCCUCCCUAACCCUUUCUCUAACAUGAGGCCUGGUAUCACAGAAGACAACCAGAUUGAGUCCACCGGUGUAAGCAAUAGGAGCCAAGGCCCCGCUUCCAUCUCCUUCCACUCCACUGAACCCAAUACAGCCAGCGUAAACCUAGUCCCCAGUCUUCUACUGUCAACCCCAGAAUACAAUGCAACCAGCUCAAAUACUGAACAUAUUCUACAACAAGACUCCUUCCACAGCCCCCUUUCUGGUUUCUUUAGUGCAGCUUCAGAUUCAAGUUCAUCCCUUCUAUCAGUCACUGUUCCGGGGAACACCACCAGCUACACUUUCCUCGACCUACCGCCAUACCAGACCUACCGCCUCCAGGUGGAGGCGUGCACCAGUGUAGGUUGUUCGGUGUCUGGGAUGUCUGAGGAUUUCCGUACCCUCCCAGCUCCCCCUGAAGGGAUUCCUGCACCUCACCUUUACUCUGACACCCCCACCUCUGUUCUCUUGUCGUGGGGUGCACCGGAGUGGAGCAAUGGACCACUGGAGCGGUGGCUGAUUGAGCGCAGAGUUGCUGGUACCCAACGAGUCUCCACAGUGGGCCUUCUCCCACCAGACCCUCCACCUCUUUCCUUCCUGGACUCUUCAUCAGCUCUGAGUCCCUGGACUAGCUACCAGUAUCGACUUGUGCUCCACAAUCAGGCUGGCAACACCACAGGACCCUGGGUCAAUAUCACCACCAGACCUUCUCGGCCAGCUGGUCUUAGUCCACCGAGGGUGAUGGUUUUGGGGCCAGAGUCUCUUCAGGUCACCUGGUCUCCUCCUCUUAUUCCCAAUGGAGAAAUCCAUGGCUAUGAGAUCCGCCUCCCAGAACCCUGCAUCUUCCAUGACAGUGGCAAUGCUUCUGAGCUCAACAUCACAAUAACGGACCUGAUUCCAUACACAAACUACAGUAUUACUAUGUUGGCGUGUUCCAACGGCGGUGGACAUGUUGGAGGAUGUACAGAAAGCCUGCACACACCUGCUACCACUUUGCCCACAAACCCUGAAGGCCUUGAACCACUGUCUGUAGUGGCAGUCAGUGAGUCCUUCCUGGCCAUUUCUUGGCAACCACCAAUCAGACCCAAUGGACCUAACAUCAGAUACAAGUUGCUCAGACGUAAAACCCACCAGCCCCUGGCCAUCGCUACGGUCCCCACGGUAACAGCCAUGUCCCCUCCCCCUUCUGAAGAUCUCCAUCGCUGGCUCCAUGUUUACUCCGGCACCAAAUUGUUCUACCAAGAUAAAGGCCUAAGCAGAUUCACCCGUUACCAGUACCAGUUAGUGGUACAUAAUGACGUGGGCUACUCCUCAGGAGAGACUGUUUCCGCGGUGACCAUGGCGGGGGUUCCCCACCACCCUCCGUCCCUGUCUGCCUAUGCUGUCAAUCACACCGCUGUACAGGCCAACUGGACACAACCCUCUUUGCAAGACCUACAGGGAGAGGUGGAAUAUUACUUUCUUACAAUAGCAUCUGGCCAGUCAAAUCAAACCUUGGCUUUCCCCCCUGAGAUCAUCUCCACAGUGAUAAGUGACCUUUGGCCCAGUACCACAUAUAUGUUGUCAGUACAGGUGUCCAACGGAGCUCAUAAUACAACUAAGGCAACAGUUAUCGUCACCACAGAGGAUGGAGAGCCAGACGGGAUGUCCGCCCCGGAGGUGGUUCCAGUUAACAGCAGCACAGUACGUGUGCUCUGGUUCCCUCCUCUACGGCCCAAUGGAGCAGUUACUGGUUACUACAUCUACCUUAAUGACCGUCUCCAUGGCAGUGUAGACAACAGCUCCGGCUCCUACUUGCUGGGGGACCUGCUGCCUUUUACGGUCUACAACGUGCAGGUGGAGGUGUGUACUGUGUAUGCAUGUGUGCGGAGUAAUGUUACUCAGACCACCACUGUUGAGGACCUGCCUGCCGACCUGGCCACGCCGCACGCACACGUGAUCAGUCCCAGGGUGGUGAGGUUGGACUGGUCGCGUCCCGGCCGACCCAGUGGGAUCAUGCUGGGUUAUGAUGUCUUAAGACGGACCCUGAGGUCAUGUGCCGUCGGGUCAACAGGGGUCACUGCGGGGGAAGAGUCAGGUGGUGUAAGGUUCAGAUGUUUCUACCUGCAGUGUCCUGCCAGUCAUAGUGUGUGCGGGAUGUCCUGCUUCCAUCCUGACAUUCAGAUUUGCUGCGGUGGACUAUUGUACACUAAGAAACCACAUCAUCAUUGCUGCGAGGGCAGUUACCUGAGUUUGAGUAAUUCCUCCAAUCCGGUCUGCUGCAAUGGAAAACUGCUCCCAGCUCUCCCUGACCACCAGUGCUGUGGAGGAUACUAUGUUCAUGUAAAAACCAAUGAAAACUGCUGCCCCGAUCACUCACAGGGCCGGGUCUCAGUGGGGCUGGGUGACAGCUGCUGUGGGGGGGUUCCUUACUCCAUGAAAGGCGGCCAGCUCUGCUGUCGUGGGAGCCUCCAUGAUGGCUAUGGGGUCCGAUGCUGUGGAGGCCGGAUUGUAGACGAUACACUGGUGUGCUGCGGUGAUUUUGAGAGGGGGGAAGUGCACUCAUAUACCCCAGGUUUCGUCUGCUGUGGUCAGGAGUAUAUAAACUCUUCAACAUCUCUUUGCUGUGUGGGUAAUGAUGGAUAUCCCACAAUGCACCCUGCUGGCAAUGCCACAGUGACACUGCAGUGCUGCGGGUCAAAGGUCAUACAUCAGGAAGAGGAAUGCUGCAAUGGGAUUGGCUAUGACCCUCAACGACACGUUUGUGCUGACAAACCCACACCCGGCCUACUGAUACAGCACCAGUGUUUGCGGGGCGCUGUGUGUCCUGUUGCUGCAGCAUCUACAGCGUUCUGUGGCUCCUGUGACCUCGAUCCAUCUCUGACCGCCUGCACAUGGGUCUUGUCUGCACACAACCAGCCUGACACACCCUCCACAACACACUCACCUUCCAUCAACAUCACUCGUGAAACUCUCACUCGGGGCCUGUCUACACACCACAGAAGUGAUAGCGCAUACAAAAUGGCAGACGCGUACAGUCACACACACACUGAGAAGCUGCAAUUCGAUGGAAGCCUGUGCUCGUCACAUGAGGAGGUGAUGUACAGUGGAGAUGCCAAAAGACACACCUACACAGACUCCGACCUGGAGCCCUUCACCACUUAUGAGUACAGAGUGAGGGGCUGGAACAGCUUUGGUCGAGGCUCCAGUGAUGUUACAACAGUGACCACCAGUGAAGACAAACCGUGGGGAGUGGCACCGCCCCGCUGGAGUCGCUUAGGUGAACGAGAUGACAUCAUCCAGUUGCUAUGGCAAGCACCCGCCAGGCCUAAUGGGGACAUCACCCACUAUGUUAUACUGCGGGAUGGACAAGAGCGUUACCGUGGUGAUGAAAACAGUUUCACUGAUGUGGGUGGGAUCAGGCCUUUCCAGGAAUACAGCUACGAGCUGAGGGUCUGUAACCGGGCCGGUUGUACUGACAGCACACAGGUGGUGGCAGUGACAAUCCAGGGAGUCCCAGAGGGCGUGCAGCCUCCAGUGGUAACAGCUUUAAGCCCUUCCUCCCUCCAUGUAAGCUGGUCUGAACCGACUCGUCCCAAUGGAAACAUACAACGGUACCACCUGAACCAGACUGGUGUCGGAGCCAUAUUUACACACAUCGAUGGGCCCAGUAAAUAUACUGUGACUGGUCUGCAGCCGUACACAGACUACAGCUUUGUGCUGCUGGCCUGUACAGCUGUGGGAUGUGGAGCCAGUUCACCUUCCACAGGACGCACCCUGCAAGCCUCCCCUGCUGGUGUGUGGUCGAGCCCCAGACAUGUGAUAAUAAACACAUCUGCGGUGGAGCUGUACUGGGAUCAGCCACCGCAGCCGAAUGGAAACAUCUCCCAGUACAGACUGAACAGAGACGGUCGCACAAUUUUUACCGGUGACCACCGUGACCAGAAUUAUACUGACACUGGACUCGUGCCAAACCGCAGGUAUGUGUAUGAGUUGGAGGCCAGAACAGGUGGUGAGAGCGGUGUGAGUGACAAAUAUGUUAUAAAAACAUCGGUCUCGUGCCCCACUGGGAUCCAAGCUCCCCACAAUGUGACAGUGUUGGGCCCCCACUCUAUCUCUCUUGCCUGGACCAUUCCUGCUCAGUUCAACAGCAGCCAGCCUGUAAACUACAACAUCCUGUUAGAUCCAGGAAGUGACCGAGCCAUAAUGCAUCAUGCUGGUCAAGACCGGCACCUCACUGUGACGGGUCUACAGCCGUUCACCGCCUACUACAUCAGAGUGCAGGCCUGUCAGAUUAAUGGGUGUGGGGUAGGAGGGGGUGUGUAUGUUCGGACAUUAGAGACCGGCCCAGUGGGUCUGCUGCCCCCCACAGUAAAGGCAGCUGGAUCCAGUGUCCUGGAGAUCCACUGGUCACCCCCACAAAAACCCAACGGACUUAUCACAUCCUACCAUAUAUACAGGCGUCCAGCAGGAACAGAGGAGGAGCUGCUGGUUUUUAUCUGGUCCAGUGGGCCGCUUGAAUUCUUCGACGCAAGCCCUGCCCUGCGACCCUUCAGCUACCUCCAGUACAGGGUUCGCUCCUACAACUCCAAAGGCUCAGUCCUGAGCCAAUGGGCUUUGGCUCAGACCUUACAGGCAGAACCACAAGAUAUGGCUCCUCCCACUGUUACACCCACCAGUGCAUACUCAGCCCAUCUGAAAUGGAGUAAACCUGGACACCCCAACGGUCUCAUUUCCCAUUAUAGACUGGUUUACAAGAAGCAUCAACGGGACCCAACGCUCAACUCAACUGCUGUUACUGCUCUCACUGUGGAGCUGCACACAGCCGCGAAGGAAUGUAUGUGCUGA